ACUAAAUGAGUCGUUCCUACCUUCCCCUCCGGAGUCACAGCACUGAUUCCCUUUCGUGAACCUGCUCCCUGACCACAUAAAUCCGCUGUACUCGCAGUAAUUGCUAGAGAAAGACCUUGUUUGAGGAGAGGAAUCGUCCAUAAACUGGAACUUUAACGUUAGCUGGAGCUGAAAGUCAAGAUGAGUGAGAUACCUGCUCCCUCCGUCCGUCAGCAUGGACUCUGAUAACGACGUGCUGAUGAAGGAGUACAUGAAGAUGAUGACUGAUAUGAUCGUGCUGUGUGCCACUCUGGCACUGUCCCUCUUCUUCUGGGUCACCUCUCUCACCAUCAGCAGCUACUACGGGACGCUGCAGCCUGUGUCGCCGUGGCGGUGGUUGUUCUCCCUCUUGGUUCCCCUCAUGCUGACGCUCAGAGCGCUGAAGAGACGCAAUCUGGACCGCUCGGGAGCCCUCGGAGCUCUCCUGGUGGGAUUCGUGUUGACGAUGGCCAACUACAGCUUCUUCUCCUCCCUGCUCGCCUUCUUCAUCACCUCCUCCAGACUGACCCGCUGGGGCGGAGCCAAGAAAAGGAAAAUAGACGCCGAGUACAAAGAAGGGGGGCAGAGGAACUGGGUUCAGGUCUUCUGUAAUGGAGGAGUUCCCACAGAGCUGGCACUGCUGUACAUGAUAGAGGUGGGUCCGGGCGAGAUCCCCAUCGACUUCAGUAAACAGUACUCCGCCUCCUGGAUGUGCCUUUCUCUUCUGGGCGCGCUCGCCUGCAGCACCGGGGACACCUGGGCGUCGGAGGUGGGCCCCGUCCUCAGCCAAUCACAGCCCAGACUCAUCACCACCUGGAAGGAAGUCCCAGCAGGAACAAACGGAGGAGUCACUCCCGUCGGACUGCUCGCCAGCUUCCUCGGCGGGCUCACCGUGGGCGCCGCUUACUUUGUGACACAGCUCCUGAUGAUCAGCGACCUGCACAUGGCGGACCCGCAGUGGCCGAUCGUGGUGUACGGCGGCGUGGCGGGGCUGCUGGGAUCCAUGCUGGACUCGUUCCUGGGAGCUCACAUGCAGUACUCAGGCUUUGACUCGAGCAUCGGGAAGGUGGUGGGUUACGAGUCCGCCACCACCCGGCGGAUCUGCGGGAAACCCAUCUUAGACAACAACGCGGUCAACCUGUUCUCGUCCGUCCUGGUCGCGCUCAUCCUGCCCGGGUUGGCGUGGGGGAUGUGGCCGCGAUAGACAGACGACGGACAGACACUAAGCGCUGGACUGAACUAAAGAAUCUGAUCUGAGACGGAGUUAUGAGACGUUUGAGUCUCUGUUGGUCUGAAUAUUAGAUAAAAACGCUGCCUGUAUUAUCGUGUUGGACGUGCUGAUCGUGGUAAAGACUCUUUGGAAGAGGAAAAUAAAUACUAAUGAAAACACAGAUCACUUAUUGGAAGUCACUGCCCUGAUAGAUCAGAUAGUUAAUAACACAAGGGAUUGAGGGAUUAGUAAGUAGUUAUGGACUGAUAUUCAUUACUUUUUUGUAUUCCAGGUGAGCAAAAUUAUAAACACAAUAAAACAAAAGGUUAUAUAUAUAUAUACACCAAAUUCACUGCGACAUCUCAGACCAUAACAAAAGGUGCUUCAGCCAACCACACUACACUGACACAACCAGUAAUUUUACUUACAUACUUUAUAUAUCAUGGUAACGUCAUUCAGAAUGGGCAGAAACUAAAUAAAACUAAUUAAAACUGUCUCUGUCAGUGUUUCCGACAAUCAGCAACUCUGGUUUGGUGGCAAUAAAUCCUUCAUUUAGUGAUUUUGUUCUGUAUUUUUUAACUCUGAGCGAGACACUGAACUCUAACUGCUCCUGAUGUGUGUGAAUGCAGCCUGUUGUAAAGUGUCGAGAGCUCGGUAGACUAGAAAAUUUGGAUAUAAAUGUUGUUUUUAAUGUAUCGAGGGCAGAUUUCACCCUAAUUUAUAUAAUCUCAUGCUUCUGAUGAGCCAGCUUCAAGGUUUUCUGCUCUUCACAGUACGGAUUUACAUUCACAGCUCGUCAAUCAUGUUAAAAACCGCCUCUGACUGAUGUUAAUAAACUGGUCCUACUUUUAAAUCAAAGAUGUGUUUUGUCUGUCAACCUGUGUGAGUCAGUCAGAAGAGGAUUAAUGGAGUUUUUAACCACUUGUAUCACUCUCUUAUCUCUUUGUAUCCAUCUCUAAAUCUCUCUGUAUCUGCUGGGUACAGCUUUGUAAGAGUGGAAUUAAAGCACUUUCAAGGAACUUUCCAGACUCUCGAAGCCUUUUUUGUCACAUCUAAAUUGUUACUAUAAAUACAACUGUGAAAAAUAUAGUUUACAGUUUUAUUAUAGUAGCAGUUUGUAGUUUAUUCUACCAGAUGUUAGUAUUCAUUUUGAUUGUAUGCUUCGAUUUCGAUAUUAGUGUUUAAUCACCUGAAUAAGAAUUGUUACCUGAAUAUGGGACAGCCCUAGCUCUACAUUUCUAUAUCUCAGUGUAUCUUUAUCUCUUUUCCCUCCCAACCCUUUAUGUAUUUUAUCUUUACCAAACCAAACCGACGCCCUUCGCACUGACCUGUAGCGCACUCGACCUUUGACCCUGGCGUGGUUACAGCGUGUGAACAGACUCCACGGAGAGCGGCGGCUUUUCAGAGGUAUUACUGUUUUUAUUUCAGAGUGUCUGAGAGAAAAGGCACUAAACCAAACCGGGAGAGUGACAUUGACUUUGAAUGGGAGAGAGAGAGAGAUGCAAAGGAGUCGGGUUUAAAUUAACAUAUAUAUAUAUAUAAAGUUUACACAACACCAGGCAUACAAACACACUCAACAUCCACACACACACACACACACAGCUUAUUAUCUACACAUUCCUGAUUGAUUAAAUACAGCAGACUGAAAACUCCAGGAGCCGUUAAAGGAAAAAUUCCCCCAAAUGUUUGUAUAAAGUAUGUAAAGACGCCAGAACAUCACGUAGUGUUUAAACGGUUUGUUUUUUCCUUUAACCCCCGACUCUCCUGAAGCUUCACCGACGUCUGAAACAAACUCCAACAACAAAAAAUCACCAACAGAAACGCUCAAAGAAACUAUAAAUACAGU